GGAGCCCCCCCAGGCUCCUCACCCCCCCCCGCCUGCUGCUGCUGUGAACCAAAGGGAGGGUUGGGGGGGCUCCCUCCGGGGGGCUCCAGGGACCCCCGUCCCCGACCCUCAGGUGUGUAAAUAAAAGGCGGUUUGACAUGGACCAGACUGAGCCUCCCUCCGGCCAGGGCAGAGCUUGGGCGAAGCGGGUUGCGGGGUGGGGGGAUGGGAGGGGACUAUUUCUUCUCCCCGCGCAGGGACCCUUCCGCCGUCUCAGCGCGCGCAGCCGUUGCGCGGCGCGGGGCUCGGCGGAGGGAUCCGGGAAGAAGUCCCGGCCGGCGGCCGCAGACGGGACAAGAUGGCGGGGCGGCGCGCGGCGGCCGGGCGGGGCUGGUGAGCGGCGCGCGGGGCCCGCGGGGCGGGGCGAGGCCGAGGCGGCCCCGGAGCCGGGACAGGAGGCGCCCAGCUGUGCCAGGAUGGCCCCGGCCUGCGAGCGGCUGCACUUCCGCUUCCCCGGCUACGGGGACGGGGUGCUGCGGCGCAUGGACCAGCUGCGGGCGCAGCGGCGGUUCUGCGACGUGACGGUGCAGGUGAACGAGCUGCGGGUGCCGGGGCACCGCGUGGUCUUCGCCGCCUGCUCCCCCUUCCUGCGGGACCAGUUCCUGCUCAGCGACUCGCCCGAGGUCUCCGUCUCGCUGCUGCAGAGCCCCGAGAUCGGCCGCCAGCUGCUGCUCUCCUGCUACACCGGCUGCCUCGAGGUGCCGCUGCCCGAGCUGGUCAACUACCUGACGGCCGCCUCCUUCCUGCAGAUGGGCCACGUGGUGGAGCGCUGCACCCAGGCCGUCUCCCGCUACCUGGUGCCCAAGGCCGAGGCGGCGCCGGGCCCGGGGCAGGAGGGGGAGGAGGAGGGGGCCUCCCCCAGCCCCCUGCCCGCGCGGCAGCAGGAGGGGGCCGGGGAUUUCCUGGCCUGCCGCUCCCGCAGCAGCUCCUCGUCCCCUGAGAUCUCCCUGCCCCUGCUCAACUCGGCCGUGGAGCUCACCCGCAGCUACCUGCAGGGCUGCUACGAGGACCAGGCGGCGCCGGGGGGGCCCUUCCCCUGCCCCCCAGCCCCCGCCCAGCCGGGGGGGCCAUGGCGGGGCUGCCCCCUGCGCCGCCGGCACCUGGAGCCGGCCCGGAAGGACAGGAAGGCGCCGGAGCUGGAGCGGCCCUACCGGUGCCCGCGCUGCGACGGCCUCUUCCCCCAGCUGGGCGGCUUCGUGAGCCACGUGCGGGAGCACAAGCUCUUCCUCUGCCUGCGCUGCGCCAAGGUCUUCUCCCAGAAGAGCAACCUGACCCGGCACCUGCGCGUCCACACCGGCUUCAAGCCCUUCCAGUGCCCCGUGUGCCGCAAGUGCUUCACGCAGAACGCCACCCUGCAGGACCACCUCAACCUGCACAGCGGCCGCAAGCCGCACCGCUGCAACUACUGCGCCGUGCACUUCACCCACAAGCCGGGCCUGCGGCGCCACCUCAAGGAGCUGCACGGCAAGAGCACCCUGCAGAACAGCCACGAGGAGAGCGAGGAGCUCGCCGGGGCCUGCGACUGAGCCGCUGCCCUCGGACUGAGCCGCGGGGCCACCGGCCGCCCUGGGGAGGGGCCACGGACCCAUGGACUGAGCCGCGGGGCCACUGGCCGCCCUGGGGAGGAGCCACAGACCGAGCCGCGGGGGCUCACAAGUGCUUGGCACAGCCACAGCGAUACCACGGACUGUUCCAUUCCCUCGGAGGGGGGGAAGCAAGUCUAAUGGGCCUGACCAAUCCCUCCUGAGGGGAAGGGGGUCUGCCCAGGAGCCGACUAGACCAUUCUCUGCUGCGGGUGACCCUCUCAGCCCAAACCAUUUGCUUGGGAGGGGGGAGAGAAUAUUCAUUCUUAUGACCCCCAAAUUUUCUGGGAUCCAAAAGAUGGGGUGGGGGGCCAGGACACCUGGGUUCUCUGGUGGUCAGUGGGAUGGGGGAGGGGUAGCAGCCCCAGGCUGAAUCCCUCUUGUGACCUUGGUGUCUCUAUUCACCCCCCGUACCAGGGGCACCUCCCCCCCCAGCUCCUGCCUGGUCCUCAGGGCAGGGAAAUAGCAUCAAAACUUUAUUCGUAUAAAGUUUUGCCUUUUCA